AUGCAGAUUUUUGCCGUGUUUUUGACACUGGUUUCUGGCUACGUUGCUCUGUUGGCACAAGAACGUGCCUCAGACGAGCAAAUGACGCUGAAAGUUCCGAGUUCGGAGCCAAAGAAUAUCGUCAUUAUUGGAGGCGGUAUCAUCGGAUGUUCGACUGCAUACUUUCUCACGCGGCAUGCCUACUACAAUCCGGAGAUCCAUUCAAUUGUCAUCCUGGAGGCCAGCAGAAUUGCUGGCGGGUCUUCCGGAAAGGCUGGCGGUCUUCUUGCCGAUUGGGCAACUCCGAAAUGUCUUGCACCGUUGAGCUUCAAGACUCAUGCGGCAUUGGCUAAAAAGCACGGUGGUGAUAAGAUCUGGGGCCACAGAAGUGUUUACUGUGCCGACGUCGAACUUCAAGCGCAGGAUGUCGGCUGCAAGGUUGAGGCAGCCAAUUUUGCCAAAAAGGAUGUCAUUGCACAAUCCUCCAAGGUUCCUUCGGAGCUGGACUGGUUGCUCCCCGGAAGUAUCAAGUCCUACAAGGAGUUGGGGACACCAAGCAACUCUGGUCAAGUGAAUCCAUACAUGUUUACCAAGACAUUGGCAGAAUUAGCAGAAGAUAAAGGCGCAAAGAUCAUCAUUGGUUCUGCUACUGCUCUCAACUACGCCGAGGACAACAGAAGCAUCGCGUCAGUCCAGUACAGCCGGAACGGCACCAUCCAGUCUCUGGGUGCUACCGAUAUUUUGCUUUCUGCUGGUCCGUGGACACCUAGGCUCUUCCCCAGGGUGCAUUUAGAAACGCCCAGAGGCCAUAGCGUGGUGAUCAAGCCAUCGAGGAAUUUGUCGCCAUAUGUUUUGUUCCCGAACAUUACAGCAACCCCCAAUGGAAGCCUAGAACACAUACUCUCCCCCGAAAUCUAUCCCCGACCAGGUGAUCGACUCCAUGGUUUCGACUCUGUAUAUGCUUGCGGGCCUGAUGAUUAUGACGUCCCUUUACCGGACACAAGCGAGUCUGUGGCUGUGGACGAUCAAAGUUGCAAUGAUGUUUGGACCGCUGUCAAGAGUAUCUCGCGAGAGAUAUUUGACGGUAAGCUUAUAACGAAGCAAGCAUGCUACAAGCCGCAGAUCAGAACUCACGAAGAAGGUGAGGAGGUGGGACCGAUGGUGGGACCCACGGGAAUUGAAGGCCUGUGGCUGGCGACAGGUCAUGAUGAAUGGGGCAUACAAAAUGGGCCAGGAACGGGGUUAGUCAUGAGCGAAAUGAUGUUCGAAGGAGCUGCUAAAAGUGCAAACUGUGAUUCUCUGGAUCCAAAGCACUUCUUAAAGAUAGACUGA